UCCUCUUCCUCCUCUAGCAGGAUAGCGCGCACCAUCCCUACACCAAAACGUCCUAUAUCCUCUCUAGGGGUCUCUGACGAAAACAGGCAGUCUCGCGCGACGGCGCCAAAUCCGACAAAGAAAUAUAAGUCUGCUCUCUCAUCUGAGGCACGGUCACGUACAACGACCACGAAAUUGAAGCCGCCGCCACUACCUUCUCUUCCUGGAACGCCAACAAAGCGAGGCGAUGGAUCAAGAGCUAGGACACCGACUACGCCACGUCGGGGGGCAGAAAGCCCGAUGUUUGACAUUCGGAGCGAAAUGGAUGUCAGCAGAGUUGAUCCCGAAGAGGUAUUGGUUGACUUUCAGAAUGUCGAGCCUGGCGAUGUAUCGGGCGAGAUUGACGAAGAAAUGCUGAGGCAGUACGGCCGUGAAGAUAAGGUAUUAGUUUCUAUAAGAAUCCGUCCGUCCAACUCGCCAACGGCCUGGGAUAUGUCAGGGUCGGAUACAAAGUCCAUCAAGCUUCUUCCACAGUAUCAUAAAAAUGCGGGGACCUCUCCCUCCGAAUUUUAUUUUGACGAGAUACUGACAGGCUCUGAAAACAAACCAGUAUACAAUGCUGUCGCACGCAGCCACGUCUGGGCCGCUAUGGACGGGUUCAACUCUGUCGUGUUUGCUUAUGGUCAGACCGCCAGUGGGAAGACUUUCACACUAUCUGGUGAUGACGAACAGCCGGGAAUCAUCCCGCGUGCGAUGAAGGACGUCUUCGCAUAUAUCCGUCGCACCUCUUCGCGAGAGUACCUACUUCGUUGUUCAUAUAUCGAGAUCUACAACGAGACCAUACACGACCUCCUAGCUCCGCCUUCCUCCAGCGUUUCCCAAAAUGUGCAGAUUCAAGGCACAGGCAAUAAUGUUUGGCUCUCGCCCCUACGCGAGGAGGUCGUCACUAGCUUGAAGGGCGUACAUGAGGUUUUGCAGCGAGGAUGGGGUAACAGACGUACGGCCAGCACGGACUGGAACGAGCGUAGCAGUCGGAGUCAUAGUGUCUUUAGGGUCGUGAUCGAGAGCCGGGUGCGAAGCGAGGAUGGCACGAGUGGGAGGCAGACCCCUGGGUUUGGAAUGCGACCACCGACGCCGGGUGGACCAAGGUUGCAGGCUAUCGGAGAGAGGAGCGUGCAGACGUCUGUGUUGAGCUUGAUCGACCUCGCUGGGUCAGAGAAGGCCACGACGGACAAGGAUCGGACAAGGGAAGGAAAAUACAUAAACACCAGUUUAUUGACUCUUGGAACCGUCAUCUCAACCCUUGCGGACAACUCUGCGAAGAGCAAGAGUGACCACGUCCCAUACCGCAAUUCCAAACUUACGCGGAUGCUUCAGCCUACACUCUCGGGAAAUGCCCGUAUAUCUGUCAUAUGCACUAUCAAUCCAGACACGAACGCCGUUGCAGAAUCGAAUAGUACUUUACUUUUUGCACAACGAAUCAAGAAAGUACAGCUGAAUGCCCAGAGGAAAGAAGUCGUAGAUACUGAUGCUCUACUCGAACGAUACAGACAAGAAAUUGAAGAGCUCCGCAAGCGCUUGGCAGAGAAAGAAAAGGAGAAGGAUGCUCCUACCAAGUCGCGUAGACUUUCUGCACGAGAGCAAAUGGAUGAAUCGAAAGCGAUGAAAGACCUGAACUCUCGAAUUCGCCAGCUGACGAACCUGAUUCUAACUAGUCAGACGGUGGACGCGAACAGGGGCGACGAGUCGCGUCCCAGCAGCCCUGCCAAGGUUGAUUUCGAUAUGUCUCCUUACCAGCUUCAGCAAGAGCUCCUGUCAGCCCGACGUGAGAUCGAGACACAAUCAAAUCAAAUACUUUCCCUCGAAGCAGCUCUCUUAUCUCGCCCUGAAUUGCCGCCAGAUGCGCCCGAGAGUGAGAAGGACAAACUCAUGGUUGAGCAAGCGAAAACUAUCAGGGAGCUAGAGUUUGUGAUCAAAGGAUAUGAAGAAAACCUAGGCGAGCCCUUGCGUGCGGUAAGGGAAGAUGUAGAAAACGAGUGGAUUGCAAAGGUGGAGAGUGAGCGCAAGCUGAGGCUGGAGAAGGAAGCGUGGUCAGAAGAGUUGGUUCGUCAGUUGGAGAAGGAGAAAAAGAUGCGGAUGCAGUUGGAGGAGGAGCGAAGAGCACUUGCUGCUUUCGUGACCAAAUUCGACUCUCUUACGUCAGGAUUA